GUUUUUUUUUCGAUUAGAUUGAAUCAAGAAACUGUAACAGUUGAAUUAAAGAAUGGAACAGUAAUCCACGGUACAAUUUCAGGAGUAGAUGUAGCCAUGAAUACACAUCUAAAAGCAGUCAAGAUGACCGUCAGGAAUCGAGAACCACAACAAUUAGAUUCACUUUCGAUUCGAGGUAGUAAUAUUCGAUAUUUCAUCUUACCUGAUUCUUUACCACUUGAUACUUUACUUAUAGAUGAUGCACCUAAACCUAAAAAAGGUGCUAGAGGUGGUGUGAGAGGUGGAAUUGAAAGAGGUGGUAGAGGUAGAGCAAGAGGUAGAGGUAGAACACGUGGAAUUUGA